AUGAAGAUUGCCGGCCCUGGUAGACUUCCAACGCGGCGAGAAAAUGAACGACGCUGGAAGUCAGAGAAGAAGAUCAAGAGCGAGGCCUAUCAGAAGAAAUUGACACACACACAGAACAUCUGCAGACUGCGACAGAAGUUAACCAAGGCGUCUGAAGUCGGAAUGAAAGCAUCUCAAAGCGCCCCGGUGCUCACCGGACAACGUAGCAAGACAUGCAGGCUUAAGCGAAUGUUAAGAAACAAUAUUCCUUCUGUGUUCACGUCUCCCUUAGCACAGAACCCUCUCGGAAACGACGUAGCUUCCGAAGGUCGCUCAGCAGCUCACUUUCAGAGAUACCCCAUGCCUACGACUCCGGAACGCGUCCGCGAGACUGUAUCGUCGUCGUUCGCGGAGUUCGUUGAGUGGGAUCAUUCAGACGUCGAACUUGACCUCGAAGACUUUGGUGUACCAUCUGGGAGAGCCCUGUCUCGGCGUAAUCUUCAAGACAACGCAGCUCAGUUGGAAUCUCUUCCAGGGCUGCUUUUGCCUGGAUUGACGGACGAUGACGACGGUGGCCACGAAUAUUCAUUGUCUAUGGACCAGCAUAAUAUCUCUCUGGGCUCUCCUAUGUCCUCUCAUCUGCGUCUGCCCGCGCUGCCUCUACCAGCGGACUUGCCUUGGUUUGAUCGGCUUGAUUCUGCAACUCAGCCCUCCGACAAUGCGCCCGACGAUUCUGUUGGCUCUAGUGACCCCGGCUGUUCUUUUCCGCUGCCUGAUCUGUCUAUGCAAUCUGCCCCUGGGCUUGACUUCGCCGCGGACGAUCCUUUCUCCGACGCUACCCUUCCCAUCGGAACGCUACCUAGUCUCUCUGCCGCAUCUGAAACCGUUCUGCAGUCUUCCGAGCUACCCUCUCGUUAUCCGCCUGGCUUACUUUGUUUCAACGAGACUAUCAGAUCACUUGCAGACAUAUCGACCAGCCAGGCUAAUUGCUCCGCCUCGCUUCGGGAGUCGUUAGUUGCGGCGGCCGCAAAGCCCGUCGUGCAUACCGCUGGGCCUACCUUGGACCCUUUCCCUACCCUCAUAACUACCACGUCGUUGUCAAACAUCCAUCAAACCCGGAGGUUGGGGGAAAUGUUGGCCACGUCGGUCUCUGCCACCUGUAACCGCCGCACUCUUGCUACUUGUGCAAACGGAUUACACGCUGUGUCCUCGCAGUCUUUUGCGACGUCCUCAAGCUCGAGAUCUGUUGCUCCUGGCUCUUGGCCUUCACGGGAGCCCAAAGCCGCAUCACUUCAGCUGUAUGACCCGACGGACCGAUGCAUGAUCCUUGUGCAGUGCCUUGAAAAGAAGCUCGCCCAAUCAGCUUCCAAAGUCCGGUUCGACAACGUGGAUUUGGAGAUGCAACCUGUGACGAAUGGUCUGGAACAUGGUAUAACAGUGGAAAGUGGGGAGUCUUGGUCAGUAGCCCAGCAUUUUCGCUGUUUCGUAAAAAGUUUUGCGGUCGCGUUCCUAAGUCCCUGGAGAUUUCUUUUGAGUCUCUUGUAGAGAUGUGAUUAACUCCUCAUCCUGUUGUAGAGAUGUGAUUAGCUCCUCGUCCUGUUGGCCAGAUGAUCUCGUCGCUCAUUGAUGCCAACCCCGAUCUCUCCUUGCAAUAAGAACUCACUUACCUGCGUCUGUAAUUCUGAUUUCAAUGACGUCCCGAUUACACUGCACGUACCAGCGAGUUUCAGCUCUGCGGUUUGCGACAGUGAGCGUCUGCGA